AUGAUAGCGGCGCAGGCAGCGGAAUCCGGAAAAUUCAGUGGCCAUGUACGAGGUGCGAGCAUCAUUGACAAUCACGCCCGUUGGCUACCCGGAUACUUUCAAAACACGGUAGGCCGGCGAAAGGAAUCUUCGGAAACAAUCAAUCUGGCUGUACUCCAUACGCAUUCUCUUUCUAAGGGUUCCUGCCCUUCUGCCCUUCUUGCGAUUCUGGGCUUGCUUUCGGCUCCUUUUGCUGUACUGCUUUGCUCAACUCGACUCAACUCAACUCUCCUAUCUCUAGGAAGAGCCACCAGACGAGCCCUUCCUAAGCCACACUUGGCCAAUAAGACUUGUGCCGCCAGUGUAUUGAGCGCGGCUCGCGUUCAACAGGUUGAAGACAGGCUCUGGCCAGGAGCAGAAGCUCAACCCCGCAAAUGCCUCCGCCGCAACUACCCUUUGAAAGAUUCAAGACCGAUUCUGCGGCUUGUCUCCGUCUGCAAAUUCCUUUUGGUGUUGGCUCGUUUUGCUAUUAGAUAUGCCGGGUACGACUACCGCAGCACCAGCGCGGCGAGAGCGAAGGAGGGCAACAGAUCGAUUGGCCCAGCGGGAAUGUCGCAAGCGGCAUAA